AUGCGCCUCAGAAAUAGGAUUCAAGACAAAGGGGUACAUAGAAAUUUUACUACUGGUUCUGUCUGUUCACUUCUAGUCCAAUUCUUGCUGCCUUGGUCGGUUCAGGUCAGUGGAGGUGGUCUGCCAGGUUGGUAUAGGGGAGUUCAGUUCCAUCUUCACUGGGGUGUGGAUGCUAGGCCUGGGUCUGAACACACUGUGGACGGAGAACAAUAUCCGAUGGAGAUGCACGUUGUUCAUAUCAAAGAGCCAUACAAUAGUCUGGAGGAGGCUGUGCAUGAUGCAGCUGGUAUAGCUGUGCUCGCCUUCCUGUUUGAGAGGUCCACCAAUGAUCACCCUCAUUUGAACUCUCUGAUAGAAGCUUUGGGAAGAGCUCAAAAUAAAGGGAAUCAAAGCACGGUUCCGGGUUUCAAACUCUGUAACAUUAUUCCUGCAUCACACAAUCUCCACAACUACUAUCGCUAUGUGGGCUCCAUGACGACACCUGGCUGUGAGCAGGCGGUUGUUUGGACACUGUUCCACAAGACCAUCCCUAUCAGCAACAGACAGCUGCGGUCAGUAGCUCAACAGGCUCGGUUCUGGACGGGUCAGCCCAUGGUAGGGAUCUUUCGGCCUGCCCAGCAUCUGAACAGCAGAACUGUGUACCGGUCAGCAACCAGCCUGGUUCAGCCUGAUAUCAGCAUAUGGCUAUUAUGUCUUGUGUCUAUACUGAAGGGCUUGUGUGUGCUGCACUGA